AUAUAUGUAUCUGCUUAUUUUUAAGCAUUACUUAUAUAUGGUGCUUAAAAAUAAGCAAAAUCUAUAUUGUAAAGAUGUGAAACUAUACGUUGUCACGUGACGAAAAAUGGCGUACAUCGGCAGAUCCCGUAUAUAAUGUGCUGAAUCUUGAUAUUUAUAUUUUUUUUUCCAAUAUCUGGGCUGUAUCAUUUAGAAAUAGUCACAAUCGUCCAUGGAUAUGAUGCACUUUUCUACAUGUCAUUACUUUGCUGACGAUUCGUAUUCGUUGUUUUACACGUGAACACCUGAAAAUCUCGAACCAGACGCUCGCAUGUAUGAGAGAUAACCUCUUUAUUUCAUAGUAUAAAUGCCUGGAUACUUAAUCUAUCAAUGAUUAUUUGGAUUAUUGUAUAGCUUUUAUCAUGAACGGAAAGAUAAAUGCAGAUGUGUCUUACUUGAGUUGUCAAAUAAAUGGAAUGAAAUACAUUUUACAAACCGUAUCAGAUACAAAUGUAAAAGAUGCAAUAUCCAGUGAAAAGCAAAAUACAGUUGACGUCAAAGAAACUGAAGCAGAAGAACUAGCAAAAGAAGAAGAAUCAAUUCCUUUAGCUUCUUUGGAUGGAGAAGUGUGGUAUGCAUUACAAAAUGGAGUGUUUCAAGAAUUGGACAUUAGUCAAUUUGUUGACCAGGAAAAUUGCCAUGAUAAAACACUCUUAGUGCCAAAGGACAUGGAUAAUUGUGGAAAUGAAUACAUCAACAAUGAAAACAUAAUAUUUGAAAAUAUGAAUGAACAUUCUGAAGAACAAUAUGAAGUUGUUACAAAUAAUACUGAAAAGGACUUCUUUAUAGGGAAAAACAGUAUUAAUGCUAAUGAUUUUGUGGAAGUUGUAACUGCUUUCAAAUGCAAAAUAUGUACUUAUACGACUCAAGAUAAGAUGCAGUUAUUAGAUCACUUUCAAAAUACACACAUGAAUCCUACUCUAGAUCUUGAGCCAACAGAAGAAUCUAAAAACAUAAGUGAAUCAAAAUUAGUUUACAUGUGUGGGGAAUGUUCUAACUGCUAUUCUUCUAUUGAAAGCUGCAAAGAACACAUGAUUGAAGAUCAUCAAUUAACAGAUACCGUAGCAGAUAAAUCUGAAAAAGAAAAUUUAACAAAUGAUCUAACAGGCUCUACUCUAGUUACCGAACAUGUAGAGGAAUGUGAUGAGAGCACUGAAGUAAAGCAUGAAGUGAAGAUGCCAAAAACCUUAGACUCAGAAUACAUACUCAACAAAAAGAUGAUUGAAUUAACAGAAAGAACUGUUAAAUGUUCGUAUCGUGGUUGCCCAUACAAAUUUGCCUCAGAGGAGAUUAUGCAGCAACAUGUUCUUUGCCAUACAGAAUCUCAAACUGUGACAACAUUUAAAUGUAAUGUUUGUCGUGAUAUAAAGUUUACGAAAUGGCGUCAAUGCAGCUUACAUUUAUGGAAGAAACAUCAAAUAGAUGUAGGUUUGUUUACUUGCAAAAUAUGUAAAGCUUACAAAAGUGCUACCAUGGUAAAACUUUUAACGCAUAUGAGGGUGCACAGUGAGACUCAUCGUAAGACAUUAGAAGUAACGCGAUGGUACACUUCUAAGAAAUGCGACAUAUGCGGUAAAACCUAUGCAAAUUCGAAAUGCUUAAAGAAUCACAUUCAAGCUGUACACUCCAAACUACGGCCGUACGUUUGCAGCGUUUGCGGCCAUGCUAGCGCGAGAAAGGCGAUGUUGCAAAUGCAUUUCCGUCAACAUACAGGUGAUAAACCCUUCAGUUGUGAAAUUUGCGAGUACAAAACUGGAGAUCAUAACACCUUACGACGACAUAUUAUGCAACACACAGGGUUCCGACCAUACAAAUGUCAACAUUGUUCGUAUACUGCUAUACAGAGCAGUAGUUAUAAAAAUCACUUGAAAUCUAGGCAUCCCAUGCUAUCUGGUUUAUUCACAUGUAAUUUAUGUCCUUUUAAAACAGUAAAUAAUGAAAGUUAUAUCCAGCACUUAAGAGACCAUGAGAAAGGCUUGAUUAAACAUAAUGCACAGAAGAAGGAUAAUGAAAAUGUAGAAGUAUUUCCUGGCAAUAUCGCAGCAGCACAAUUGAUUUACAGCUGUUUAGGCGCCUUCUCGAAAGUCGGAGAUACAUUAGAAGCUAAUUUGAUGUCUUCCUCAACGUCCGCUGACGGCACCUCGCAAACAAUCACGAUACAGAUACCUUCUAAACAUCUCGAAGGCUCGCUGCCAACUAAAGAAACUUUGUACAAAAAUAAUUCUACGAUCGAGCAAGAGGAUGACGAGACAAUGCAUUGCUUCUUAAAAAUUCCUAGAGAAGAAGAGGAGAGUAUAGACACUGGUGGCAUAACAAUACCCGCAGAACCUGAAGAAGCGAGCAUGACAACUAUUGAUGUUGAUACAUGAAGUUGUAUCACUAAGCAUUAAUUUAGGCCAUUAAAAAACGAAAUGAAAGGAUGUCGGUAGCGAAUAAUCAUUUAACAGUUACAUGAAAUUGUACAAUUAUUAUAAACUAUUAAACUUGUCUUUGAUAUAUUCAA